GUGCAGGAAUGCGCAUGUCGCUGCUGAGGGAGAGUAGCGGAAACAGAAACAUGUUGCAAAGUUUUACGUUUACGAAGCGUGGUCGUUUUUAAUUCCUCACCAUCACAAACAUGAGCUCAAAUAUUACAGACGCCUCGCAAAACGAGCUCAUUAAUUUAAUAUAUCAUCACUUAAAGGACAACGGAUACAAGAAAGCAGCGAGGUCGCUAAGAAAACACGCGCCCGAGGUUGCGACGAAUGCAGUGAAGGCUUCCCUGACUGAGAUCUUUAAGAAGUGGGCCAGCUCAGAUGAUGACGCUCCUCCGGUGCCUUCUGGUGUUCAGACUCCUGAGCUGAAGAGUCCAGUGAAGAGAAAGACUGGAACAGGAGCCAAAUCUAAGAUCGCGUCUCCCUCUGCUGGAAAAAAACUUGCCAGCAGCAAGAAAACUUCAGGAUCGGGAAUCAAAUCGCAGAAAGAGAAGACAAAAGAAAGCAAGAAAAAGAAAGAGCCGAGGAAAACAAAAGUGUUGACCUGUGAAGAUGUUUCUGCGUCUGGAUCGGUCUCUGCCACUCCAGGGAAUGAUUCAGACUCAGACACCAGUUUAGAUCUGGAGAAAUGGAGGAAAGUGGCUUCUCAGUUAUCAGAUGCUGAUAGAGCAAAGAUGGACGUUCUCUCAGUAUUGGAUGAAUCUGUUGUCACAUCGACUGGGAAACCUACAGCAAAGAGAAAGCCGAGACAGCCAGCAAAAGCCAAAAAAGACGCAAAACCAGCCAAUAAGGGAAAGUCAAAUACACCAGUAAAAAACAACAACACCGCCAAACCCGAGGACGUUCCUGCAGCAUCCACACCUCAACCAGACAAGUCUAAAAGCAAAGAUGCUGCAGUCAUUUCUGAAGUUAAAACGCCACCCAAAAAGACUGGAAAAAAGAUUAAUAGUAGUGUAUCAGGUAUUGAUGUGGUGGAGACAACAAAAGGAAGUACUGCACGUUCAGAAGUACAAAAUAAAGCGAAUAGAUCUGGGGGACCAGAUUCAGAAGUAAUUAAGAGUCCAAAAAAAGUUCAUUUUAAAUUAUCUGAUAGUGUUUCAGAGCAGUGUGAGAGGCCUAAAAUAGCUUGGACAGAAAAUGGUACAUCAGAAACACCGAACACAGUCGAGACGACAUCUAAAAAACAAAGAAAGAAGAAAAGCCAGUCUGAAUCUGGAGAUCCUGAAACUCCCUCAGAUAUUAAAGAGAUGACGAACAGUUCUAGUGAAACACUCAGUGAAGAAACUAACAUUACGAUCAACGCUGACCAAUCACAGACGCUUACAAGGAAAGUGAAGAAAAGCAAGAAGUCUAAAAAUGUUGAUGAGACGCUCUGCGGAAAGAUUAAAGCCAAGAAAACUGAUGUUUCUUCUGGGACUGAAUCUGAAUCAGUUAACACAGAUUCCUCAUGUAAAACAGAUGAACUUAUGGCCAAUAAAGAGCUUGAAGAAGCAGUCCAAUCUGAAACGCCAUCUAAAAAAGCUAAAGCCAAGAAAGUGAAAAGCACUGAAGAUCCCGGAGAGCUGGAAACACCGGUUAAAAAGACAAAAACAGAUGCAGAUGUGCUGCAGUCGCACUCUACAAACAGCUCCUUGAAGAAGAAGAAGAAGAAAAAAAACAAGACGGCUGCUGAUGGUGUGGAGAUCCAGAAUGAGAUAUCUCCAGAUGGAAAUCAGGACAAAACUCUAAACAAGAAAAAACACAAAAUAGAAGAAGAAGAAGCCGCAGAGGAGGAGGAAGAGGAGGUGGCAGAGCCCAAGAAGAAGAAGAAGAAGAAAAAGAAAAUCAAGGAGGAUGAGGAUGCAGAGCCUGCUGUUCAGACACCAGAAGAAGAAAAAGAAGCAGCAUCUGUUCCUGUAGAAGUGAACCAGAAGAAAAAAAAGAAGAAGAAAGAGAAGGAGAGAGAAGCAGCAGAGGAAGAUGAUGUAUCUCCUGUAUCUGCUCCACCUGAGGAGGUGCAGAUUCCCAAAAAGAAAAAGAAGUCAUCCAAGGAGAAGCAGCUCAGUAUUGAUAAAGCUCAUGGACUCAACAGCACAUAACAGAUGGAGUAGACUUUAUUUCUCGCUGAGGAAAAACUGAUGAAAUAAUCAUAAUAAUAGUGACUUAACAUGAAUGCAUGCUCUGUCCACACUGUCUGGAUCAUGUGUGUUCAUAUGCUUGUAAGUCAGCGUUUGUAUGUUUUAUAUUUUUUAUGAAGAGCUGGAUUUUAAGAGAAAUCAUGUUUUGUUUGGUUUUUUCUAUUUUUAUAACUGGACUUUCUGAAAUUAAGAAGGAUUUUAUGCCUUUUUUUAUUCUUUUAAACCUUUUUAUGAAAACAAAACAUGAAAGCCAUGAAAAAAAUCAUUGUAGGAAAAUGUAAAAAGGAAAUAAUGUAUGAUUGCUUAAUGCACUGAAUUCAGUCGUUCUGUGUUCAAUGUGUGAUCAUUAAGAAACAAUGUCAUAGUUUAAGUCUUUUUCUAGUGAUUUAAAAUACAAAUGAGAUUAUUUAUA